UAUCCAUAUGUCCGCUCAUCCUCUUCAGGAGCGGUGGACUUCUGUGAGCGAGUGGAUGUUCCGGAAGGUGUUCGCAAUUUCUAUGACGCUGACCUUUACGUUACGGGGCGUGUGGCCGGGGUUAAGGUCAACCACACGGCUCAGCUCACCAUCGACACCAGCAGCAGCAAAACCAUCAUCCAAACGGACAAAUACCUCUACCAACCCGGCCAGAAGGUCCAGAUUAGAAUCCUCUCUUUCGACAACCCAAAUUUUAACGUCUCGACCCAACCAUACCAGCUGGUGUGGGUGAGGACGCCAUCUCAGACUCGUGUGGCUCAGUGGACGAACGUGGACAACAGUGCUGGACUCGUCCACCUCACCAUGUCCCUGGUGGACGAACCCGAGCAGGGAACUUAUAAGGUUUUUGUUAAGACUGCGGACAACAGAACAAGUAAUGCAGAAUUUAAGGUGGAAGAAUAUGUGCUACCACGGUUUGAAGUGGUUGUCACUCCUCCCAGAUACAUCUUUCCCACCGACACCAAGUUCAGCUUCAGAGUUUGUGCCAA